AUGAGGCUCUACUACAUAGCUAUCACAUUCCUCGCCGGCCUGAUCUCGGUCGUGGCUCAAGGCAUGGACAGUCUCCCAGCAUGUGCUGUAAGUGCAAGAUCGUUCAGAGCCGUCGUGACAUUCGGUUUCAUGUUGGCUGCUGUUAUACCGCCCACUAACGUUAUGUACCGAGUCAAGAGAGAGUGUGCUACUGGCGCUAUCCCCAAGACCUGUCAGUCUAUUGACGUUGCCUGUAUCUGCGGCACCAAAUCUUUCAUCAGCGAUAUGUCCUGCUGCGUUGCCAAAUCCUGCUCACCUCAGGACGAAAAAGCUGCUCUCGGGUUCGCAGUACAGCUUUGCAGCGGUGCUGGUGUGACAGAUCUGCCUAGCAGUGCGAGCUGUGCCAACUCGGUCACUUCGACUAAUGCCACCAGCGCCUCUACCACCACUUCUCCCGUCAAUUCCUCCGGUAACAGCACUGCUUCUGCCACUACCACCCUCACAGGCACGAAGACCCAGUCUACAUCAGGAAACACCCAGCCAGUGACCUCCGUUAAGACAAACACUGGAAGUAGCCCUACUGCCACGGGUGGCGGUGUCCCGCUCUCGCCGUAUGCUGACGCUAGUAUCUUUGCGGCCGUCGGCAUGGCUCUCGUUGCAUUUCUUGCUUAGGGAUAAUGUACGUACAUUGACAUAACAAUUUCGGAUGAAGGCUUGGCGGGAUGACUUUGUCAUGGUCCCCCGCCGCCAUCUUCUCGAUGUGAUAUCUGCUCCAAGCCCUAGUCUCACGCUGGACUUUCAAGGCUCUGAGAACUGAAUCCGUUUGGCGCAGCCCGAAGGAGGCCAUCAACCAUUGUGAUAUGUGGGGUGCGAACUCGAGCAU